AAAAGUAAAGAGUCAGCCAUGAGAAAUCACACAGCAGUGACAGAGUUCAUCCUCCUGGGACUGACAGAUGAUCCAGAGAUAAAGGUCUUGAUUUUCCUUUUUCUGUUUCUAACUUACUUAUUGAGUGUAACUGGCAACCUGACAAUCAUCGCACUUACCCUUCUAGACUAUCGACUCAAGACUCCCAUGUACUUCUUCCUUAGAAAUUUCUCCUUCUUAGAAAUCUCUUUUACUUCUGUCUGCAUUCCAAGGUUCUUGGUCACUAUUUUAACAGGGGACAGGACCAUUUCCUAUAAUUCUUGUAUAGCUCAGUUAUUUUUUUUAAUCCUCUUUGGGGCAACAGAAUUUUUUCUGCUGGCAGCCAUGUCCUAUGACCGCUAUGUGGCCAUCUGUAAACCCCUACACUACACAACCAUCAUGAGCAGCAAAGUCUGCAGCCAGCUUGUAAUCAGCUCUUGGCUGGCAGGUUUCCUCAUUAUCUUUCCACCAGUCAUCAUGGGCCUCCAGCUGGAUUUUUGUGACUCUAAUGUCAUUGAUCACUUUACCUGUGACUCGUCUCCUAUGCUGAUGAUCUCUUGCACAGACACGAAGGUGUUAGAGGUCAUGAGUUUUUGCUUGGCUACAUUCACACUCAUAUUUACUUUGGCAUUAGUGAUUUUGUCCUAUGCAUACAUCCUUAGAACCAUUCUGAAACUCCCCUCUGCCCAGCAAAGGAAAAAGGCCUUUUCCACUUGUUCCUCCCACAUUAUUGUUGUCUCUAUCUCCUAUGGAAGCUGCAUCUUCAUAUAUAUCAAACCACCAGCAAAGGAAGGGGUAUCUUUGAACAAAGGUGUGGCUAUACUGAAUUCUUCUGUUGCCCCCAUGCUAAAUCCCUUCAUUUAUACACUAAGGAAUCAGCAAGUCAAACAGGUCUUCAAGGACAUAGUCAAAAAGAUAUUUUUUUUUAAGAAAUGA